AUUAUAUAUGAUAACUUUCUUGCUUUAAUAUAUAUAUAGAUAUAGAUAAAUAAUAAAAACUUUACAAAACAGAAGCAAUAAAUUUGGGAUGAUUGAUUGUGUAAUGGCCGAAAAAUCAGGCUAUUACAACUUGAGGUUUUAAUAAAUUAAGUUGCCAUGUGUAUUUUUAAUAGGUUGCCACUUGGCUAAAUGAGAAGGCAAACUUUGUAGCUUUAAUAUAUAUAUAGAUUUAAGAUUUUGUUGAAAUAGUCAAAUUUGGGGUAUUAUAAAAUGAAUAUAAUUUACAUACAGUGUUAUGCGUAAGAAAAUUUGACACCAUCAUGUCAUCUUGUUGUAGUAGGUAACUCUUCAAUAUUGCAAAUCUCAUAUUUUAGAGAGCUGUAUUAAGACAUAUUCCUCUCGAUUACUUGAUACUAUAAAAGUUCUAAUUAAAUACAAAUGAAGGUACGUGGUACGUAUACCAGAUAAUUUGGCAAUGGAUAGAGCAGCACCAUUACUAUGUGCAGGAAUAACAGUUUAUAGUCCAUUGAAAGACAAUAACUUGGUGAAAACACAAGGUAAAAGAAUAGGGGUUAUUGGUCUAGGUGGACUUGGACAUGUUGCUGUGAAAUUUGGGAAAGCAUUUGGACAUCAUGUUACUGUCAUUAGUACAUCUCCAUCCAAAGAACAAGAAGCUAAACACAACUUAGGUGCUGAUGAUUUUAUACUAAGCACUAAUCCUAAACAAAUCCAGGAAAGGAAAAGGACUCUAGACUUUAUUUUGGAUACAGUGGCAGCCAAUCACUCACUUGGGAUUUACUUAGAGCUUCUAAAAGUAAAUGGAACUCUAGUAAUUGUUGGAGCACCAGAAAAGCCAAUUGAUUUGCCUGCUUUUCCUAUGAUUUUUGGGAAGAGAAAUGUGAAAGGAAGCAUGAUAGGAAGCAUAGAAGAGACACAAGAAAUGAUGGAUUUAUGUGGAAAGUAUAACAUCUUGAGUGACAUAGAGAUUAUCACCACUCAUCAAAUCGAUGAAGGACUUGAUAGACUUGCAAAAAAUGAUGUUAAGUACCGUUUUGUCAUUGACAUUGCUGGUCAAUCAUCUAAUCUUUACGUUUAGGGUCAUUUAAGAAAUGUUUUCACUAAAUAAUUACUCCACAUCAUUUUCUUAGUUUUUUAAUCCGAUCAUUUUUUUUUACGUCUCAUUUUAAUCCAAUUCCCUGAACUUGUAUUUCAGAAGUAUUACUUAUUGAUUUGGCCGAACAUUUUUAUCA